CACACCGCGGGGACCAGGACGCACGGCUGGUGUCCCGGAGCUGGUUGCCAACUCGCCUUCCUCUGCAGCUCAUCUUGCCCGUCCAGCUGUCAUCCUCUUCGCGCAGAUUCGGGAGAGCGGGGCCAUGCCGCAGGCCUUGCUUCUCAGCCUCCUGGGAGCAGCGGUGCUAACCGCUGUCAGUUCUAUGCCAGUGGAGAACAGGCACCACAAUGAAGAAUUGGUGACUCGCUGCAUCAUCGAGGUCCUCUCAAAUGCCCUGUCGAAGGCCAAUGCUCCACCCAUCACCCCUGAGUGCCGGCAAGUCCUGAAGAAGAGUGGAAAAGAGAUUAAAGAUGAAGAAAAGAAUGAAAAUGAAAACAGAAAGUUUGAAGUAAGAUUGUUGAGAAACCCAGGUGACACCUCGGAAAACCACAGGCCCUCCAAUAGGGAGGAGGCAGGAGCAACAAGGGAGGAGGACACCCAAGGCCUGACAAAAGCAGACCCAGAGAAAUGGGCAGAGGCAGGUGGGCACAGCAGGGAGCGAGUGGGUGAGCCCAGAGAGGGCCUCUAUCCCUCUGAAGGUCAAAUCUCCAAAGAAGCAAAGACAAGCCAUUCUNUAAAGAGUGAGGGGAAGGAUAAGGAGGAAGAAGAAGGAGAGAACCAUCAGAAAAGGAAGCCUGAGGAAGACAGCAGUGAAGAGAAACACAAAACACAGGAAGAGCUAGGAGAGACACAAAACGCCUUUGUUAACAAAAGAAACCAGGCUGCCUCUAAGAACGAUGAAGAGUCGGAGGCCAGGUCUACCGGGCGCUUUGCUGGGCACUCUGAGGAGAGAACACACAGCAAAGAGAAGAGUAGCCAGGAGAGUGGUGAGGAGACAGUGAGCCAGGAGAGCCACCCCCAAGAGUCGAAAAGCCAGUCCCGGAGCCAAGAAUCUGAGGAAAGUGAGGAAGACACUGCCUCAGAGGUGGCCAAACGGUUCAUGAGACCCAGACACCACCACGGGAGGAGCAGGCCUGACAGGUCCUCUCAAGAAGGGAAUCCUCCCUCUCAGGAGGUGGGACACCACCUUGAGGAAUCUGAGGCGUCACAUGUGGGCAUGGCCAGUUUAGGGGAAAAGAAGGACCACCAUGCAACCCACUCCAAGGCUGCAGAGGAAGAACCUGAGUAUGGAGAUGUGAGGAGUUACCCGGGUGUCCAGACACCAGAGGACAUGGAGGGGGAACCAUACGGGGGACGAGGAAGCGAGGAGUACAGGGCUCCAAGGCCUCAUGGUGAGAAGGGCCCUGAGAAGGAGGACAAGAGAAACCGUCCCAGCUCAGAGCUGGACAACAUGGUCCACAGGUAUAGUGAAGAAAGCGAGGAAGACAGGGGCCAUGAGGGAGGAAAGGGACGCCAUCACAGUGGCAGGGGAGGGGACCAGAGUGCCUAUGCCUCUUCUGAUGGCAGAGAUGAGAAGAGGUUCCUGGGUGAAGGAUACCACCAAGUUCAAGAAAGCCGAACGGACAAGGCAAGGAGACACCCGCAAGGUGAAUGGAAAGAACAGGACAGAAAUUACCUCAACUAUGGUGAGGAGGGCACCCUGGGGAAGUGGCAACUGCCGGAAGACCUCCAAGACACUCAAGAAAACAGGGAAGAAGCGAGGUAUGCCCCCCAUCACUCUGCUGAGAAGAGGAAGCGACUAGGGGAGCUGUUCAACCCAUACUUUGACCCUCUCCAGUGGAAGAGCAGCCGUUUUGAGAGAAGAGACAACAUGGAUGACAAUUUGCUUGAGGGUGAAGAGGAAAAUGGGCUGACCUUGAAUGAGAAGAAUUUCUUCCCAGAAUAUAACUAUGACUGGUGGGAGAAAAAGCCUGUCUCGGAGGAUGUGAAUUGGGGAUAUGAGAAGAGAAACUUUGCCAGAGCCCCCAAACUGGACCUGAAGAGGCAGUAUGAUGGAGUGGCUGAACUUGACCAGCUUCUCCACUACAGGAAGAAGUCGGCUGAAUUCCCUGACUUCUAUGAUGCGGAGGAGCAGAUGAGCCCACGCCACGAGGCAGAAGAUGAAAAGGACAGGGCCAAGCAGAGAGUUCUGACAGAGGAAGAGGAAAAAGAACUUGAAAACUUGGCUGCGAUGGAUUUGGAACUACAGAAAAUAGCUGAGAAGUUCAGCCAAAGGGGCUGAUGGUUGUUGAAGCAAUGGGCAGUUUUUAGAAGCGGCCCUCCUGUUAUCUAUUUUCCACUUCCCACGUCUCUGAAAGAUGUCAUUCAUUUACCUAAAGGCAGAAAGUAGACUCUACUAGUCAUUAAAUGUUUGACACAACUGGAAAUGUCUUUAGUUAUUGCCAGAAUGCUAUGGAAAACUAUGAGUAACAUGACUUGCAGCAUAUCCUUUCUUGCAAAAUAAAUAUAUUAACAUGCUUGUGAUGAUGACUGUGCUAUCUUUGAAACAAAUGU